UUUUGGGGGGGGGGAGAAUGAAUUUCUAUGCCCCACAAAUAACCCAGAGACACAUUUUAAAUAAAAGGACACAUUCUACUCAUGUAAAUACACGCCGAUUCCCAGACCAUCAACGGGCCAGAUUUAGAAGGUGAUUGGGCCAGAUCCAGGCUCCAGGCCUUAAUUUGUCUACCCAUGAUCUGGGACAACUCAGGGUGGGAUCCACAUUUUGCUCCAGUAUGGAUGUUCACACAGCCACACUGAACUUAGUGGGACUUACUUCUGAGUAGACCUUUUAUUUAUUUAGAAUAUGCACUGCUAGUCACAAAAAUAACAAUGGUUUACAAGAGUAUAUACAUUUAAAAACCAUUUAAAAUACAUGCCACAUUUUUAAAAAUCAGAAAUCAGCUAACUAGUGUAACCGCUGCCCAAGUAUCUUCCAUCACAAUUACACACUUCAAAUAAGGUUCUUUGUUGCUUGUUGUACCAUAAGAUAAUUUAUUCUGCAAUAACCAGGUUCCCAAAAGUUAAGUUCUGUUAUAUAUCUGGAAGUCCCUUGUUCAGUGGGACUUGUUCCCAAGAAUAAGGGCAGAUGGGAAGGUAGCCCAUCUAGAAGUAAAACUUUCAUCCUAAACCUCGCUUCCCUGUGAGAUAUCUUCGGGAGAAGAAAAUACUAAGGAGUAAACCCUACACAAAUGGGUAUGGAGUCUCUAAGGCAACAGCUGGAUGGCACCUUGUAUACCUCCUUCUGGCAACUCCUGCAGUCAAGCUCUGCUUUCCUUUGGGACCCCAUGAGCCAGGCUGGGCAGACCAGGACUUCCCCACACACUGCUCAGCCUUGCGCCAAGGGGAGGCCACUCCAGUGGUCCAAAUGCAGUGGUUUGAUUUCACCCUCGGAGGCUCACUCCAUUGUCUCUGGAGACAGAGGGAUCCCAACAACAGCAACAAUGUUGUGUAAAUUAAAAUGCAUGUAAUCUUAUAAUAAUUAAAAGUGAAAAUCAAAACUGCCACUAUGGAUAACUUAAUGCCCAUAAUUACCUACCAGAUAAUAAUUAUUCUGAUUUGGAAUUUUACCCAACAAAUUAAUUGCAGCAGAAGCAAUUGUUACUAAAAAUAGGGAGACUAUAGAUAUAUUUAUAAAAAUCAUUUUGGUAUUACAAGCAAACAUUUUUUACCUUUUUAGAAGCGAGACUUACUUGUACCAUUUUACCUUUUAAGUCACCGCUCAAAAUUUCUACAGAUAUCAAAAUCUAAGGACUGCAGGGGAUGGGGGGGGGCUACACUCUCCAAACAUCUCAUUGAGGUUUGGGUGUGUUCAGUGGCUGCAGAAUGAGACCCGACUGUUUCUUGGGAAUAGAAAACGGCAGGAGGGGGAACAGAAUGGAGUGCCAUGGAGAAAAGCAUGGAUGGCAGGCUAAACAUGGAACAGCUACUAUGUUUUAUGACAGGAAAUGUAGUUUCUUUCCAUGUAAGGUUAUGUCCACAAGUUACAGUGCAUAAGGAGUGUGGGAGUGUAACUGAAAUGUUUGGUUUUUGUUGCCAAACCAGAAGAGAGGCACCCACCACAAGGAAAUGCACGGAACCUGGAAACAAUGCAACAUUUAUAUCAAACUUUAAUUCUCAUAAUACUACCAACUCUUCACAGGUUCAGUUUUUGUUUUAGAUCACACAAGUUAUUUUUAAUUAUCUGUAUAACACCUGCAGUAACCAGCAGCUGUAUCCCAAAUAGUUUUUAAAAGGGAAAAAAAUAUGUUGUUCUGUUUAGCUACGGGGACCUGGAAGGACAUGUGGCACCCCCAUUCUGAAUGUUAGGAAAAGGCUCUUUGAAUAGCAAGCUUAGCAUUAGCAAAAAAGGGAGUGUCAUCUACCUUCUAAGAGUCUCACAAUAGCUAUGAGAAUGGUAAGGAAAGGGCAGUCUGCUAAGGAAAGAGUUGUCUCAAGUGCAGAGUGCAACUUCCUCUGUCCUCUGAGAAGCUCUAGGGGUAGCUUGGCCUGCAGGAGGCAGCUUCUGACAUUCCCUCUUGUAGACACCUAUGAAAAGCGCAGGAGGUCUGCCCUCUUCAUGACUAUCCUGACACCAAAUCUAAAAGCCCUUUAGUGCCAUAAAAUACAAUGGGGGAAAAUAAAAAUGGGGAGAGGGGGGGAAGAAAAUAAAAAAGAUUCCCUUUCUCUUCCCUGGAACUUCCUCUGUUCUGUGAGCUCUGAACAUGUCGCAUGUUUCUUGUUCCAAGAUUGUCCUGCACAAGAGAACUCCUUUUAGGAGCUGGGGUUAUACAGUGUGUUAUAAGAAUUUUGAGGUCAUAUAUAUAUAUAUAAUAAUUGUUCAUAAAACAUGUACAUGAAUGUACAGAAACAUGUCUGAAGCAGCACAGGAAAACAGGCCUGACUGACACCAUUUUGACUCUCUCUGACCAGGUGUUCCUCUGCAAGGAAGAAGUGGGGUGGGGGGAACCUUCUCAUUGUCUCAGGAAUUAAAGUGAUAAUCCCUGGCAUCCUGAUACCUGAGUGCCAGACAAAAGGUUGUGAUUAACUUGGCUGGGAAACAGGGAAAUGUAAAUAUCUCUCAAUUUUGUUGAUUAGGUUUUGGGGGCAGGGGGCAGGGUCCAGACUGCUCAGAUUACUGCCACCAGACCUCCCCUUUCUGUAUGUACCUAUGAUGAAUCUAGGGAGGGGGGGUCUUGGGCUACACCCCUUCUGUGACAUAUGGAUGAUGCUUCUGGGGGGUGGGCUGAAACCAAUUUCAAAUCUCUUUUUAAGGACAAGACAUCUUUGUUUGGGGCCUUCCUUGUUCUCCUGUGUGAGAGGAAGGACCCUGUUGCAACAGCAAAAAUAAAAGUGCCUUGCUUCGUACGUCCUGGUUUGGUCUCUGUUAUUUGGUGGGCAGGAGACGCUUAAAUUCGUCUGCUUGCCUGGAUCCUUGAGCUCUCCCUGGGUCAAGAUCCAUUUCUCUGGGUUCAUAGGAACCAGCUUAAAUUUUACAACAAUUGGUACCUCGGUUUAAGAACAGCCUUGUUUACAAACUCUGCAAAACCGGAAGUAGUGUCCCGGUUUGUGAACAUUAUCUCGGUCUAAGAACAGAAUCCGAACGGUAGAAGGGCACCGGCGACGGGAGGCCUCAUUAGGGAAAACAGGCCUCGGUUUAAGAACAGUUUUGGUUUAAGAACGGACUUCCAGAACUGAUUAAGUUUGUAAACCAAGGUACCACUGUAUCCUGAGGUUACAAUCCUGUUGUGUUCCUAUGUUCCUAUCAGGGGUCAGCAAACUUUUUCAGUCCACUGUCCCUCAGACCUUGGGGGGGGGGGCGGACGGACUAUAUUUUGGGAAAAAAUAUGAACGAAUUCCUAUGCCCCACAAAUAACCCAGAGAUGCAUUUUAAAUAAAAGGACACAUUCUACUCAUGUAAAAACAUGCUGAUUCCCGGACCGUCCGCGGGCCAGAUUUAGAAGGCGAUUGGGCCGCAUCCGGUCCCUGGGCCUUAGUUUGGAGACCCUGUGUUAGGCACACAUUGAAAUCCCAUAGGAUUUAGUGAAAAGUGCAGCCUGACUUUAUGCAUAUUUACUUGGAAGUAAAUGCCAUUGUGUUUGAUGGGACUUAACAUUUGAUAAGUGCUAGGGUUGCAGUCCCAAGCUCACACAGCUAAGUGCAGCCAGAGUAAUGUCGAGCAGCAGGGUUUGGUUAAUAAAUUACUGGCUUCUUAGGGAGGUUCAAAGUAAACACAAAUGCAAUGAUCAGUUCAUUUUGAGAGAGAAAAGUAACACUUUUUUUCUAGCACAGCAGUAACAAAGACUGAAACUUUUAUUGUUCUACCAGGCCUAAACACACUAAGCACAACCAAAUCAAGACAAUGUGAAGGGUGAGAAGAGAUAAAUCUGAUCAGCUUCAGACUGUCUUGCAUUGCUCCACAAACUGCAGCCCAGAGACGAGGGGGAAAACCACUAUAUAUGCUUCAAAAUGGCUUUGUCAUGGCAGCAUAGUUUUACCCUGGAAUACCAUGACCAUAACCUGUGGGAAGAUUGUUUAGCCCAGCAGCAUUGACACAUCACAAUAGGUUCUCUGGACGACAAUGUUUCUGCUUUGGGGGAAAGCCUCUUACUGAGAUGUUUCUGCUGAUGGCUGUGUCGGAAGUCUUUCUGCUUUUGGGCUGGGCAUGGAGAUCAGACUGCAUUUGCUCACCCACCACUUACUACAAGAAUUGUUGGAUUCGACGAUUCCCGGGCCUUACAAUUGAUCUGGAGCAUUCACAGAGAAGAGGGGCCUACAUUCUCAAAGUCUACACAGAAGCUACAGCCCAACAAUGCAGCCGGACCUGCUGCCUCCUAAAGAAUGUUUCCUGCAACUUGGCAAUUUUCUAUGGUGAAACGAAUAACCAGAGCCUUAACUGCCUGCAUGUUUAUUGCCCAGCGUUGGAGAGCUGCAUACUGAGGCCUUGGAUCAAUGUUGUGUUGUACAACAUCACACCAGGGGUUGAUCCGGAUCUUCUUGUGUUUGAGAAACUCUCUUUUAAAGAUAUGAAGACCAGGUCCUCUCUUAAUAAAUGGGAAGUGCAUGGAAGUGCAAGGGUUGCCAAUUUAGAAAAAUGCCAGAAUGCAACCACCAGUUCAAGGCACCUUCUUCCUGAAUCCUUAUCUUCUACAGUGGUCCAAGAGCUGGUAAGUAACAGCAGCAACACAAGUACUGCACCUGUCCCAGUUCACAGGUCUCCAUCCAGCACCUAUUUAGGACCUGCAGAUACACCACUGAAGGACUAUUUUACUAAAGUGGCAAACAUCUCAGCAAAGAAUGGUUCAACAGCCACGUCUGACAAGGCAACUGCACUUCCCAGCACUGCCGUUACAACUAUCAAGAUGUUAUCACACAUGCCCUGCCCAGCCCAUCUGAAUAGCAGCAAACACUUGAACGAAACCAAGGUGUACAGUGGCAGGAAUUACACAUCAGACAAUGAAGACCAGAAACCGGCUUGGGAGGAAGUAGAAAGGGGCAGCUGGCUGCUUCCGGUGGCACUCUGCUUUUCCUUGACUGUCAUUUGCUCCUGCAUUAUUAUUCUUGCAACUGGGUGCUAUCAAAAGAGGAAUGGUUGGUAUAAACCAAGACGGAGAGGUGUAGCAGCAUGCAGACAGUUAAUUAGAUAACCUAUGGUUAAAAAUAGCUUUUAAUGGUAAAUGUUCCAAAUCCAGAGACAAAGUGAAGGCUAGAUGAUGAAUAUGUAAGAGAAGACAAGGGAACUCUUGCUUAGAAAAAUUGAGUAAUUGACUAUGCAAUCCUAUACAUCUCCGCUCAGAAGACUCAUUGAUGUGUGUUUGGGACUGAUUAUAGGAAUUCUGAGUACUUUGCCAUUAAACUAGAUUGGAGAUACCUCUGCUUUUCCUGAUUAUAAUGCUUCAAUUCUAAUAGGGUUUAAAUACACCUUUCAUUAAGAGUCUUUUCUCCAUCCCAACACUACAGUGUAUUAUGCAAAACCACAUAGACUGGUCGGGAAACUUUUCCAGUAUGCAAGUUGUGUCCUUUCUCCACCAACCCUUACAGGCCAUUAGGGUCACCAGCUGUCAAUUACUUGAUGUCAUUAUGACAUCAGGUGAUAACUUCAAAGUGAGUGGUAGCCCCUUUGAAGUCCAUUUGCUGAUGGUUUGGAUUCAAACUAUUCUGCUAAUAAUAGCAGAAGUAACUCCUUU